AUGUGGUCGUGGUCCUUCCAACAGCUCUUUUUGUUGAUUUGCAUCUACCUGCAGCUGGCCAAAUCAAUUGAAACUGGACAUCAUCAUCGACCAACUCUUCUUCGGCAUGAAAUCUCGUCAGACGGGCUAGUCCAGCAGAUGCCCAAUGUUCAGCCACAGCGAGAGGAUCCUGAAAGGCAACAUUGUUCGGAUUGCUGCAAUGAUGGCCAGAAGAACGUUGCCUGCGCUGAUGUUGAGGCUUGUGCGGCCACCAUGGCUGCAGGCAGGUAUGCCUUGGUAUUCUCUUUCGUUGGGAAGAUGGGGUUGGAAGCAGUCCCAUUUCUGGAAUCAGCCAAAGCGGCAGCAAACUUGGCCAACAAGGCAGACAUUUUGAUACUGAUGACUCAACGUGACGCCCAAGACAUCAAUCUGUCUGCGCACAAGUUGUUUCAGAAGGAAGGUGUUCAGGUACAUGUUGUCGAGUGGGCCUUACCUCCGAGAAUGAAGUACACAAAGCGCGAGAACUGGUGUGGCGAAAAGGAUCUCAUCCGUCUUCAUGCCUUAGGACUUGACGACUACGAUGCUGUGGCAUACUUUGACAAUGACAUUGAAUUUCAAGGUGACAUAUUGCCCAUUCUGCGCUGUGCUUCUGCAGGUAACUUCUUGACCACAAAUGGGGGCCUUGGCGAAGCUCUCAACGUUGGUUUUUUUGCUCUGAAGCCUCAUCGACUUCUUUUGAAGGCAGCUGAAGACUUUGCCCAAGAAGCCGACUACUCAGAGCUUACUGGAUGGGCGAAGGAAGGUUGGAAACCCUGUGGCGGAUACUAUGUGGGAGGUGAGUGUGGACAAGGCUUCUUCCACACGCUUUUCUACAAGAGGCAGAGAAUUCUACAGCAGAAAAUGCUGGAAGCAGGGCAGAAUUGGACUGCUCUCCAGAUCGAUAAGUGUGUGUGGAACUACCAAACGAGCUUUCAGUGUCCGAAGAGUUUCCAUUGUUCCAACGUGCGUGUGCAUCACAAGCCCAUGAAGCCUGGCUCUGAUCCACACGAGUGCUUGAAGAGCAAGUACAGCAAAGUGGCGAGAACAAGCUACUUGGCGGACGCACGCAGUGCACGCUCAGCAGCCCUGGCCCAAGGAGUUCUGCCGGUGAGGCGCUUUGGCUUCUACUUUCCGGUGCACGAUCAGGUGCAGGGUGUGGUGGAAGUGCUGAAGUCUGCGAGGCACUUUUAUCCUGAGGCUCCGAUCUACAUGCUGCAGGAUGGUGGAUCCAUUGACUUUGGUCCUUUGUGUCGGAUGCAAAGGUUCAACUGUAUUUUCCAACGAGCUCCGGGUGAAAACAGCCGCUGGAAUCCCCACUCCUGGUUUGCACGAAUGCGAGAUGCAACUGAAAUCCUGAGAAGCGAGUACGUGAUCUAUUUAGAGCCUGAUGUCAAGAUUACUCGACGGCAUCACAUUGAUCCAAAGCAUGACGCCGGUGGUGUUUACGACAACUUCAACCCAAGGAUGAGUGCCGAGACCAAAGAUUACUUGGAAGGGCUGGGGCGUGAGAGGGACCCCUGCUUCAGCAUCUCCUGGACGCACUUUGGGCUUUGUGGUGGCUCCUAUUUUCGAUCAGAAGCUAUCCUGGACGCCUUCAAGCCUCAGAACAUCUUGCGGAUUGACUGGCAAAGGUUGAGUGCCAAAGAAGGAGACAAAACGAUGAGCAGCGAUUUUGCCAUGCUGGUGGCACUUUCAGCACGUGCUUGGACGGUUUAUCCCUGGGAGGAGACAGCGCAACAUUUCAACGAUGCCCCGUCGGAUCCAGCUGACUUGCUCAGCUUUCGAAAGCAGUGGCCGGCGUGCAAUGAGUCAGCGGCUUUCCAGCACAACCACAAGGAGCUGUACCAUGCUACAAUCGCAGAUGAUGAGCGAGCAGCCAUCGCACACUUCACAGACCACGUGCUGGACACCACUUGCCAUGGCUGCGUUUGGUACAAGGAUGGCAGUCCGCGUUCGGUCUUGAGCAUUCCCAGUCGUCCUCCGGAUGCCGAAGGUGUGAACUUGAACCUGGCGAGACCCUCCCAUUGUGACGGCCCGAGGCAUGUGGGGUCUUUGCUUGCUGAUCCGGGCUACAUUCGGAAUGCUGGGAGUGUGGAACUGCCCUUUGCUGGCAGUGCUGGACUGCCUCUUGCAGAGCAUCAGCCUCCCUGGCUUCUGAAGAAGGAUGUUUUGGUCGAAGAUGGAAGGGACAAGGAUGGCGGAGGCAUUCUCGUCGUGCAGCCAGUAUUCAUGGAAGCUGGACCCUUGUGGGGCACAUUACAAAGCCGGCCCCGUUGGCUGCGGUCCAUUUUGGCCACUAACCGCUUUCACGUGCGCCGCUAUGGUCAUGCCAUGGUUAUCAGGUGGCUCCCGAGCCAACCUCAGCUCUUAGAGUGGCAGCGGCAGCAGUGCGGUGAGCUUUCCGAGAAGGACUGCACCCAGAAGAACGAGCGAGAGAACUUCAACUGGGAGAAGCAUCGUAUGUUGGAGGAUUACCUCAAAAGCUCACAGAACUUCAGCUAUGUGAUGAUGCUGGAUGCGGAUGCUGCUUUGGUACGGCACGAGCAUGACAUUCUCGCAGCGAUGGCUGACCAACUGACCACCCACCAUCGAGAUGUCUUCCUGACCAAUGAAGACUGGCUUGCGAAUGGCGCAAAAAGGAUCAACGGCGGUGUCAUUUUUGCCAAGAAUAGCCAGUGGUCCAAAGAUCUUUUCCAAGACACGACUGAAGCUCAUGUCCUGGGGCCACGGGGCUUGAAAAGUUGGCGCAUUGGGAUCCAGAACCACCAGUGCAGCAGCAACGAGCAGAUCUGCUUAAAUGAUGCUAUGGCGGCAAGCUCCGACAUGGGAGCUCACGCAUUGCUGGCGAGUGGAAUCCAAUACAAUCGCGGUGCCUGCACCCUACACCAUUGUGGAGAGCCGAUCACAGACCACGACGCAUUAAGAAUGGGUCUUGAUGACUCUCAGCUGGAGGUGUUGCACUUCAUGGGUGAUCACACGAUGGCAGACAAAGUCCUGUGCGACGGAUCCAUCGAUUUCACCGGCGGGGGAAGCAGUGGCUAUGGGUGUAGUCAAAGAGGAUCUUUGCUGGCCGUGAACAGCAGCGCUGUCGGUGAAGAGGCAGUCUUCCUGUGUUGCUGA